GUUGUAAACACCCAUAUGUGAUCUUGUAGCUUUGUGUCCGGUAGCAACAUGUCGGUGAGGAGAGAGCCCAGCGGAGGAACUGUAGUGACUGAGAACGGCACACGGGGAACAUAAACAGCCCGCGGUAUAGUCCAGCCUACGGGAUAAAGCGCAGGAACACAACCGGGGCGUCUUUAUUGUCACUGCGGAGGGGCCUGUUGGAGGCUAAUGGACGGAUAAAACGGACAGCCGGUGAUCCGAGGACAGGUGGUCGGUUUGAUCGGAGGAAGAAGGGAACAGCGUGUUCGGGCUGUAAUCGGGACUGAAACUCUCCUUGCCGGGGGAUGUUAUCUGUAUUGUCCUAUGGGAGACUGGUAGCCAGGGCUGUCCUGGGCGGACUUUCUCAGACAGACGGUCGGGACUAUAGCCUGAUCAGCGCCAGUUAUGGCUUCGGUAAAGACUUUCGCAAAGGGAUCCUGAAGAAAGGGAUGUGCUACGGUGAUGAUGCUUGCUUCAUAGCGCGGCACAGGGCCGCCGAUGUUUUAGGUGUAGCAGAUGGUGUAGGUGGAUGGCGGGAUUACGGCGUUGACCCAUCUCAGUUCUCUGCCACCUUGAUGAGAACCUGUGAGCGAUUGGUGAAGGAGGGACGCUUCACUCCCACUAAUCCGGUGGGGAUUCUCACCUCUGGAUAUUAUGAGCUGUUACAGAACAAAGUUCCUCUGCUAGGAAGCAGCACUGCCUGCAUUGUUGUUCUGGAUCGAAGGAGUCACCAGCUACACACGUGUAACCUUGGAGACUCGGGCUUCCUUGUGGUGCGGGGCGGAGAGGUGGUCCAUCGUUCAGAUGAGCAACAGCACUAUUUCAACACGCCUUUCCAGCUAUCAAUCGCUCCUCCUGGAGCCGAGGGAGUUGUGCUCAGUGACAGUCCUGAAGCUGCAGACAGCUCAUCCUUCGAUGUCCAGCUUGGUGACAUCAUCUUAACGGCGACAGACGGCCUCUUUGACAACAUGCCAGACUACAUGAUUCUGCAGGAGCUAAAAAAACUCAAGACCUCUAACUACGAUAGUGUACUGCAGACUGCACAAAGUAUCGCAAAGCAAGCUCAUGACCUUGCCUACGAUCCAAAUUAUAUGUCUCCUUUUGCACAGUUUGCCUGUGACAAUGGUCUGAAUGUAAGAGGAGGAAAACCAGAUGAUAUAACGGUGCUGUUGUCUAUAGUGGCUGAGUAUACGGACUAGAAGUGUGUGUGUGCUGCUCUUUGAUCCUUCCUUGCUGCCUGCCUGAGUCUUCCACCUGCAGCAUCCCAUCAUGCACUGCAGGCUGACCGGGGCAGACCAACCGACACGACUAGCACUCCUUACGGCGUGGCUGAAUUCCUCGUUUUUCUUUUUGUCCUUCGCAGGUUUUUUUUAUGCUUGAGCGGCAUUUAGGCGGGAGGCAGCUAGGAUGUAUUCAUGUUGAUCAUGACUUAGCUGGGGCUGAAAUCACUCCCAGUGUCUCGCAGAGCGUCAUCGGGCAAACUGUAGGCAGUUGAAGCAAGCAGAUGGGGGGAGUACUUGAGAGUAACCCUUAUGUUCAAAGAAAUGUGAAAUUUUUAUGGAAUAAGCCAUGAAUUCGGAUACAUUUGUUGACACAUUUAUCAUUGCUGUCCAUCUUCUAUUUGAUUAUUUUCAUCCAUGUCAUUUGAACUAAGCACAUAUUUUAGCCUGAGGGUGCUUUUGUUGGAAAUUGUCGAUGAGCAAGAUGGUACAGUUGGGUUUUAGUGCCUCAGGGUUGGGAUUGUCAAAGGAACCUGUAAAGCGAAAGUGUUUAAAUGUUGAAGGAAGGUUAAUUGGGUGUUUUCACAAAGCUGAGGGAGCUGUUGAUGCGCACAUCCUGAUAGUUUGUAAAUAUUAUUUUGUUUUGUUUUUAGAAAAUGUUUUUUUUUUUUCUUGGAAAAAUGAUGAAACAGAGCUGUUUGUGUGUGAGAAACUCAUUCAUAAAACCAUUUCUUUGUCUAGAUGAUAAUCUUCAACUUAAUUUAAUCACUUCCACUCUUGCUGUCAUGAACAAUAUAUUUGCAAGGAUUAUGGCAAGUAGUUUGUCUAUUUUGUUUGAUGUCCUUGAGAUUGAUCAUGUUUUUGCCAACAAAUUCAUUGGACCAGUAAUGCAAAAGUUGCAACUGAUAGAUGACUACGCCUAACUAGUAUAUGUAUUACCAUUUAACUAGUUGUUGAAGACCCAUAUGUUUUAACUGGCUAACAUGAAUUUGUCUGAACAAAAUCUUACUAGAUAGCUGUACUUUUAGCACAAAAGUCAAAUCUAGUAGACUUAUUGUUGUACCUUUCAAUGGAUGCCAAAAUAUUCAUCUAGAGGAUUUAAAACAAUGAAUUAAACCUCAGCAUUUUAACUAAUGUUAAGGAUUUGGUCCUUGUAGUUAGCCAAAGUGCUGCUCAGCACAGUAGUUCCAUUUAGAAAGGCAUUUAUUUUGCCACAUUAAUAGAUGAGUAGAAAGAACUAGUAAUACUAGUUUACUGAUCACCUUUGAUAAAAUUCUUAACUUUGCGAAACACAUUCUGGCCUCUACCAUUUACUAUAGAAAGUGCAAACUACCAAACUAGGACACAUGGGUGUUUUUAGGCGGCAGCCAAAAGUUCCUGACCCCUGUGCUUAAAAAAAACAUAUACCGUAAUGCUAAAAAAAUCUUAAGUAAAUUUAUCUUAGAUUAAACAUAUUUUCCUUUGAUUUGAGCAGGUCAGCAAGACGAUUUAGGAAUGGAAUAAGAUGAUUUAAAUAAAAGAGCUGCAUUAUUUUAUUUCAAGUAAAUCAUAUGCAAAUAAUAUCUUAAAAGGGGAAAAAAAGGAAUUCCUUUAGCAGAACACCUUAUUUACCUGUUCAAAUUAGGGGCAAAUGGACUGAAAUUUCAAGAAACUUUUAUUCACUUAUAUCAUUGUUGAGCUAGUUUCAGUCCUAUUAAGAUUAUAGCUAUUAUUGAUUAGAUCAGGCGUCUGCAAACUAGGGUUUGUGGCUCACCUGGUAAACUAAACAAUGUACUGUUUCAUCGCCCCACUUUUUUUUUGCGUGUCCCUGGCCCAACCCUACCCUCCCUGGUAAAUUUCAUCUAGUUCCACAGCAUUCAUAACCUUAUUUGAACAAGCGAUCCUAUUGUAACAUGAGGUCCCAUUUGACAGCUGUUUAAACGUACUGAUGAGCACACAGAAGGGUGUCUUCUGGUCCAGUAGGUAGACAGGUUUUUCCAACACCAACAAGUCAAAGAAUAUGGCAAGACAUUUGGUCUAAUACUGAAAGAAUCCUGUUAGUUGGGACUUUUGCUUUACUGGGGCCGACUUCAUUUUAGCCGCACACUAACUGGUAAAAAUGGUGGCUGACAUCAAGGAUGUUUGAUUUUAUAUAUAUAUAUAUAUUUAUAUAUAUAUACACUAACUACUUGACAUACCCCUUUUCGUCCACUGUAUGGUUGGAGUGAUGUUAAAAUAUGAGUAUGAUGUGUGAAAAGUCUUGAAUGUUAAUAGUUGUUGUGUGAAAAUGCUGGGAAU